CAAUGAAUAAUACACAAACCCUCGGGAAAAGGCGGUACAUUUUGCCACCCUCAGGUGCUGCACAGAGCUUUGUGGCCUCGAGCCAGCAGCAAUGCGUGCGGUAAAGCUGUGGGUGGACAACGUGAGAGAUAAAGACCAGAACCCUCAGUGCAUCUACGACCUUGCUUUCCACCCGGAGGGAAAGUUACUGAUAGUCACUGCAGGAUCGCGAGUCCUGGUGUAUGACAGCAGCGAUGGGAGAGUGCAGCAGACUCUGAAAGGCCACAGAGAUCUUGUCUACUGCCUCUCCUACACCAGAGAUGGGAGCAGGUUUGCGUCAGGGGGAGCAGACAAGACAGUCAUCAUAUGGGAUGCAGAGUCAGGGGAGGGUGUUCUCAAAUACACUCACAACGACUCCAUCCAGUGUCUGGCCUACAGUCCAGUCUCCCAACUCCUACUCAGCUGUACCUCUUCCGACAUAGGUCUGUGGAGUCCAGAGCAGAAGUCAGUGACAAAAUUCAAAGUCCAGUCUCGAGCUACAAGCUGUGCCUGGACGAACGACGGCCAGUACUUUGCCGUCGGUCUCUUCACUGGCCUCGUCUCCAUACGAACCAAGUUGGGGGAGGAGAAGGUGAGGAUAGAGAGACCGGGUGGCCAGCCAGUCUGGUCUCUCUCCUGGAACCCCUCCAGCAUAACACUGCACACUACCACCAUCAGCCCAGGCAAAAUUACUUGCAUCGAGAUGUUGAACCAGACAAUACUUAAUGCUGCAUGCUGCUGCCACAGGGAGGAUCGUCAUGAUCUACUGACAGUAUGCGACUGGGGGAAAAACACUGAGUUACUACCACCUCAGUGGAAGACAGAUUGGUAGAGACCAGGACCUGGGGUUUGAUCCUUGCUGCGUCAGUUACUUCCCCAAUGGAGAGUUUGCUCUCAUUGGAGGCUCCAACAAAAAGGUGUCCCUGUACUCAAGAGAAGGUGUUCUACUGGCUCCAGUUCAUAGUCCAUCCGCAGGAGAGGAGGGGGAAGAGGGGGAGGGGUCUUGGGUGUGGUGCUGUAGACCACGCCCUGACAACACCCACAGCAGCACAGUUGCUGUCGGAUGUCAAGAUGGAACAAUUGCCUGCUACAAUCUCCUGUUUAGCACUGUUCAUGGCCUCUACAAAGACAGGUAUGCCUACAGGGACCACCUGACGGAUGUGGUGGUGCAACACCUGCUGAGGGACCAGGUGACGCGAAUCAAGUGCAGGGACUUGAUCAAGAGGAUUGCCAUCUACAAGAACAGACUGGCAGUGGCUCUGCCAGGGAAACUGCUGGUGUAUGAGCUGGUGGCAAACAGCAACCAAAAUCCCACCACCGCCACUACAACCACUUCUCCCGUCUCUUUCUCCUCCACUGCUCCUACCUCUCCUGUGUCCCAGAGAGAAGCAGGAGGAGAGGGAGGGGGAGGGGGUCAGUAUAGGAUCGUUCAUAAACUGACGAACGAUGUGGAGUGUAGUCUGCUGGUGGUGUGCGACCAUCACAUCAUUCUCUGUCAGGAGAGGAGACUCAUCUGCCUCAGUCUCCAGGGAGACAGAGAGAGGGAGUGGGAGAUGGAGAGUCAGGUGAGGUACAUCAAGGUGGUGGGAGGACCUCCUGGACGCGAGGCAAUGCUGGUCGGCCUUCGUAAUGGACAGGUGCUGAAGGUGUUUAUUGACAACCCAUUUCCCAUACCUCUUGUCAAACAACAGAGUCCCAUUCGCUGCAUUGACCUCAGCGCAAGUCGUACCAAGCUGGCAGUGGUGGAUGAGAACAGCGUCCUUAUGGUGUAUGAUGUAACCACCAGAGAGCUCCUCUAUCAGGAACCCAAUGCCACCAGUGUGGCCUGGAACUCAAACUGCGAGGAUAUGCUGUGCUACAGUGGAGAAUAACAUGCUCAGCAUCAAGGCCUCCACAUUUCCCAUCCACCAGCAGAAACAAGCGGGGUUUGUGGUGGGAUUCAUGGCGUCCAAGAUAUUCUGUCUCCAUUUCUCUACCAUGAAGACCAUUGAUGUCCCUCAGUCGGCCCCCAUGGUUCAGUAUGUGGAGAGAAAGCUUUACAAGGAUGCCUAUCGCAUAGCCUGUCUUGGAGUGACAGAGGAGGACUGGAGACUUCUGGCUCUUGAGGCUUUUGAGGGGCUGGAUCUUGAAGUGGCCAAGAAGUCAUUCCUGAGACUGAGAGACCUAAAGUACUUGGAGCUCAUUCACAGUAUUGAGGAGAGAAGAAAGAGAGGGGAGAAUAUCAACAGUGUGUUCUUGGCUGAUUUCUAUGCCUACCAGAGCAAGUUUGAAGAGGCAGCCCAGCUGUAUAGAAAGGCUGGUCAGGAUCAGAAGGCAGUGGAGAUGUUUACAGAUCUCCGUGAGUUUGAGAAGGCCAAGCAGUACCUCACUCCAGGAAGGGGAAGAGGGAAAGAUAGAGGAGGAGGAGUAGUGGCUAAUGAGUCCAGAGAACUGCUGAGCAAACAGGCAGAGUGGGCCAGGAACAGCAACGAUCCUCAAGCUGCCUGCGAUAUGUAUCUGACAGUUGGUGACCAUCAUAAGGCACUGGAGAUCAUGAUUGAGAAUGGCUGGACUGAUAGGAUGGUAAACCUGGCCCAUGAUGUGGACAUCUCCCAGGAGCCUCUGCUGCGACUGUGUGCUCGCCACCUCAAAUCAUCUGGACAUUAUGCUCAGGCGGCAGAGGUGUUUGAGAAACUGGGAGACCACAAAUCUCUGGUCUCUCUCUACGUCGACUCCUUCCAGUGGGAGAAUGCAUUUGACUUGGUUAGGAAACACCCUCAAUAUCGCGGAGAUGUGUAUUUCCCCUAUGCUGCAUGGCUGAUAGAGAACGAUAGGUUUGAUGAAGCCCAGGAAGCUCUGACAAGAGCUGGGAGAGAGGAUGAGGCUCUCCAUCUUCUCGAGGAACUGGCAGAGAAUGCCAUCCAUGAAACAAGAUUUGAAGAUGCAGGGCACUACUACUGGCUUCUGGCAAAGUCUUGUCUGAAUCACGCCAAAAGAGAUCGUCUUGAUCCCAGUGGGAGUUCAGUGGAAGUGGAGAAACAUGUGUCAAAGUUCAGACAUUUCCUGAGUCUCUCUGAGAGCUAUCACGUCUACAGCACAGUCCACCAGUUCAUUGACCAACCGUUCACCAAUACUCUCCCUGACGUCUUCCUCAACUGUGCCAACUAUCUCCUGCACAAACUCUCUGACCCCUACCCCAGAGGAAUCUCCAAAUUUGCUGUUCUGUUCACUCUGGCCAACCAUGCCAGACAGACUGGGGCCUUCAAACUAGGCAGACAUGCUCUGGAGAAGAUGCAGUCCCUUAGAGUGCCAGCUAAUCUCCAGGAGUCUGUGGACAGAAUGAGUCUCACCAUCAGAUCCAAACCAUUCCAGGACAAGGAGGUAAGCUGCAUACACAUAGCUUACUCAACCUCAACUAGCUAUCUACCU